ACAGCCGUGUGGAGAUCGUAGCAGCCAUGAGAAGGAUUCGGUAUGAAUUCAAAGCAAAGAAUAUCAAGAAGAAGAAAGUGAGCAUCGUCGUGUCUGUGGAUGGGGUGAAAGUGAUUCUGCGCAAGAAGCAGAAGAGAAAAGAAUGGGCGUGGGACGAGAGCAAGAUGGUAGUGAUGCACGAUCCAGUCUACAGAAUCUUCUACGUGUCGCACGACUCGCAGGACCUGAAGAUUUUCAGUUACAUCGCAAGGGACGGUGCCAACAAUGCGUUCAGAUGCAAUGUUUUCAAGUCCAAAAAGAAGAGCCAGGCCAUGCGGGUGGUGCGGACCGUGGGCCAGGCCUUCGAGGUGUGCCACAAGCUGAGCCUGCAGCACGCGCUGCAGAACGCGGACGGCCAGGCCGACGGCGCCAGCGACAAGUCUGCGGAAGAGCAGCCUCCAGAAGUUCACCAGCAGGUGGGAGCCAAGAGAGUGGAUGUUGACGAUGCCGAGGUGGACUCCGAUGACAUCGGCCUCUCUGAGAGAGGGAGUGGGGAGCUGCCGUCCCCCGGGGGCGAGCGGGGCAUGCUGAAAUCCGGACAGAUCUUCCCAGACAAGAGCUGUCAGGAGGCCGAAACCUGUCCCCGGGCUUCCCAGCACUGCCGGCGGCUCCUCCAGCACCAGCUCCUGCAGCAGCAGACGCAGACGCAGGUGGCUGUGGCACAGGUGAGGGGCUUGAAGGCCCAGCUGGCUGCGGAACGGGCCGCGCGCAUCGAGGCCAGGGCCGGGGGGCGCCAGCUGCUGCUGACCAACCGCGACCUGCUGCAGCACGUCUCCCUGCUGGUGAAGCAGCUGAAGGAGCUGGAGAUCAAGGUGCAGCUCCGGCAGCCAGGUGAGGGGGGGGAGGGGAGGCACCGGGGUGAUACAAAGCGAGUCCCUGCAGCCAGGACAGGGCAGUUCGCUACCUGCCUUCGGGUCUUCCCCGUGAAAGUUCAUGGUGCUAUCAGUCUAUUUUGGACUCGUCUUUAA